CCUUGCUCUUCUUCUCCCCCGACCCUCUACACUUGACGAGCCCACCCCGUCACCGCCACCCAUUUCCGGCCGGAAAUCCGGCAAAGCUUGGGGAUUUCUCCCUAUUUUCUUGUCUUAGAACACCUGUUGAACCCAGAAAAUCCCAGAUCUGCGUCUUCCUCCCUCUGCUGUCCGUCGGCUUCAACUUGUGGGUUUGAAAUUUCUGGGCGUUUUUCGCCCGUGAGCCCCCCUGCAGAUGCCGUUAGCUUCCUUCCCAGUCGGAACCGGCCUUUGCUUGCCGGAAAUUCUGGUAAAUUGCCGGCUCUUCCAAGUUUGAAUUACCCAUUUAAUUGCUGGGUUUUGUCCAUUAGUUGAUGCUCUGUGUUGUCCGAAUCUGCUGGGAUAGGGGAUGAAUUUGGCAGCCCUUUUAAAUGUGUUUUAAGCUUGAUUAUAUAGGAAAUUAACUUGAAUUGGGUUGUUGUGAUUUUGGAGAAAAAUCCCGUGAGAUUAGUUAUUGUUUGGCCACUUUCGGAAGUUGAAGUUACUGUUCGCGGGUACUGUUCAUAGGCACUGUUCACACACCGAGGGUCCAUAAUUAGCGGGGAUUUAAAUGAUUAGUUUGUGAUAUAAGAAUGAAUGUGGGGAUGUCCGGUUAUGUGGAGAUUGAUAGAAAUAACACUGUGAUUAGGGGUAGUGCUAAUGAUGAUUUCAUCGUGAAUUUGUGGUAAUACGAUAAUUAAUUAUGGAUAUUUUGAUUAGGUUUCCGAUCGUUCUGUCAGUUAGCAUUAAGAUUGAAUCUUCAGUUUAUGCGAGUGAGGAAGCGAUACCGAGGGCGGGGAAACUGAGGGGAGUGACGAGUUAGAAGGCUAGCCAUUUCGAGAUUGAUAUAGAUUUUAGAAAUAAAUCGUGAUUUUGUAAGUUAAAGUGUAUUUGGAGAUUUAUGAUAUUAGAGCAAAUUAUAAAAUUUGAUCUUCAGAUUUUGAUGCAUUAAACUAUUGACCCAGUCUUCCGUUGAAAACUUUACAUUAUAAAAUUUUUCUUCCCCUUUCAAAGUUCCUAUGUCAUUUAAUUUUGUUUCUUUGACCGUGAGCGUCAAGCUAAGAAAAAGCCAUAGUCAGUGACCGAGAAACAGCAAGAAAAUUUCUACCCAUUUAGCGUUUGAACAGCGAAAGAUAGCAAGCAGGUUCGUAAUUUUUGAUAUCGGAUUAUUGAAGAAUAAUUUUUGGAUACAUCUGGGGUAUAAUUUUUUGUCUAGCAAGAAGGUAGACAGUAAGGAUGGGGAAUUGCUGGGGUUCUCUAACUGAUGAUCUUGCUGCAAGCACCACAGGUCAUCUGAGUGCAGGGACUUCUCAGACAAAUAGCAACACAGUUUCUAUUGGGACUUCUAGGGGCAGCAACAUCUCUCGGAACAGCCUGUUCUCGGCUUCAAGUGGGGAUGAAGCUUUUCCUAAUGGGCAGAUUUUGCCCACUCCUAAUUUGAGGAUAUUUAGUUUCGCAGAGCUCAAGGCUGCAACCAAGAAUUUUAGGUCUGAUACAGUACUUGGAGAGGGAGGCUUUGGAAAAGUCUACAAAGGUUGGCUUGAUGAGAAGGCCAAUGGGAAGAGUGGAAAUAGCACAGCAAUUGCUGUCAAAAAGUUGAAUUCUGAGAGCAUGCAAGGGCUUGAGGAGUGGCAGUCAGAAAUAAAUUUCUUGGGAAGACUAUCUCAUCCCAACCUUGUAAGGCUCCUGGGAUACUGUUUAGAGGAAAAGGAGCUUCUUCUUAUUUAUGAAUUUAUGCAAAAAGGCAGCUUGGAAAACCAUCUAUUUGGAAGUAAGGAUGUUUAAUAUGGUUAAAUGUUUUUAUACCUGACUACUUGUACAACCAUAUAAUCAUGUGUGCAGAUUUGAAGUUUUCCCGUUCAUCAUACUCUGCAUAAUUAUCUUUGUGCAGGAGGUUCUGCUGCUCAGUCCCUUCCAUGGGAUAUCCGGCUGAAAAUUGCAAUUGGAGCAGCUAAAGGCUUGGCUUUCUUGCACACAUCAGACAAGCAAGUAAUAUAUAGAGAUUUCAAAGCCUCCAACAUACUUCUUGAUGGGGUAAUGACCCAUAUAACUGACGGUAUUUUCAUUUUUCUUACAUUUUAUGGUUUUCUUGGUAUUAAACAAAAGGUAAAAAUCUUUCAUGAUUUGAAAAUAUUCUAAAUCAAAAGAGUUGGUCACGUGAGUUUCACAUGUUCUAACAGUUGUCUCUUUUGUAGUCCUAUAAUGCCAAAAUUUCGGACUUUGGCUUGGCCAAAAUGGGUCCUUCAGCUAGUCAAUCACACGUGACAACACGCGUAAUGGGCACGUAUGGUUAUGCUGCUCCUGAAUAUGUUGCCACAGGGCAUUUGUACAUAAAGAGCGAUGUGUAUGGUUUUGGUGUUGUUUUAGUUGAGAUUUUAACAAGCUUACGAGCACUUGACCCAACUCGCCCUUCCAAGCAGCAGAAUUUGGUAGACUGGAUCAAGCCACAUUUAUCUGAAAGAAGAAAGUUGAAGGGCGUAAUGGACCACCGCUUGGAGGGGAAAUAUCCUUCCAAAGCUGCUUUCCAAAUAGCUCAGCUUGCUCUAAAAUGUCUUGCAACUGAACCAAAACACCGACCAUCAAUGAAAGAGGUUGUGGAGACAUUGGAACGGAUUCAAGCAGUAAAUGAGAGACCAAGAGAGUCAAGAAAUCGUUCUACUCGUCGUAACAUCGCUCGCCAAUAUGGUCAACAACCAAUGCACCAUCAAUCUCCCAUACACCUCAAUCAGGACAAAUAUCGUGCCCAUCAGAAUGUACAUCAUGUUAGGUAACUUAACACAAGUAUCCAAACAUGUUGAAGAACUCAUGAAAGCUUAUGUCCAUUGUUUCUUUGACAUUUCCCAUUUCUAUUUUACUUUUUCAAACCCACGGUCAUGCCUGUAUUGGAUAUACAGCCUUGUUGGAAGUUAUGAUUAUUUCUGUAGGUGAAGAGAGUUACACUGGGAAUCAGAUUAGUUUGAUUAUUCACUCCAUUAUGGACAAUUUUUUUAAGCU